AUGGCUGCAAAGUUUAGUAUUAAAACUACACCAUCAUUCUUCCUAGUUCUAAGUUUAACUGUGAUCCUAUUUUUUACUUUGUCAUGCUUUUCUUCUGAUCCCGACCCGCUACAAGACUUUUGUGUCGCUGACUUGAACGCCACCACAAUUCUGAAUGGGUUUCCAUGCAAACCGGUGUAUCAAGUUACAUCAGAUGAUUUCCUCUAUAGUGGCUUGGUGAAUGAAGCAAGCACAGUGAAUCCCAUGGGUGUUGCAGCGAGUUUCGCUGAUGUUAAAAACUUCCCUGGGUUAAAUACCCUUGGACUUUCGAUGGCCCGAGGCGAAUUGGCACCUGGUGCAUAUUUUCCGGUUCAUGUACAUCCUCGAGCAACUGAACUUAAUUUUGUCAUGAAAGGGGAACUUCUUUUUGGGUUCAUAAGUACUGGUAAUGUUUUGUACUCAAAGGUUGUGAAAGCUGGAGAGUUGUUUGUUGUUCCUAGAGGACUUGUGCACUUUGUAAAGAACAAUGGACCGGGGAAGGCUGUCGUGGUAGCUGCUUUCAAUAGUCAACUGGCCGGAGUUGCACUAAUUCCAAAUAACCUCUUUGGUUCUAACCCAACAAUUCCUAAUGGUAUUUUAGCUCAGAAUUUCCAAGUUGAUGAGAACGUCAUCGUUACCAUAAAGUCUAAGUUUGCCAACUAA